AUGGCCGUCGAUCAGAAUGACGCUUUUGACGCCAUCAACAAGAGCAAGUUCAAGGAUUUGCCUCCAAUCCAGACCACCUUCAAAGACAAACCUCUGCCGGCUAUAAAAGAGCCUCUUCAGGAUAGUGGACGAAACACUCCAAAUUCGAACCGAACAGGACGUACAUACCGACGACUGAACCCAAAGUCUAGUUUGUUCAAUUUGUUCAGUAGACCGAGAGUUGAGAAGCAAAGAGGAUUCAACGAGUCUGGAUAUGCUGUUACUCCCAUUAUUGAGCCUGGAAGAGCUACACCGAGUCCGGACCCGAUCGUGCGUGUGCCCCAGAAUACCUCCAACAAUGGGUUCCAAGCGCCACAUCCUCGACCCAGCACUUCAUUGUCAAUUCACGACGAUCGUCGAAACUUAGCCCGAAGCCGUACGACGACUUCUUCUGACGAAGUCAGAGAGGAGGAAGAUGCUCCAAUCUUGCCAUCGCUAUUUGACAUAUAUUCAGACUCGAGCAAGGUUACCAUCGCACAGGCCAUUGAUGAAUCUGGUCAAUCCCGUCUUACCAGGCCUCGAAAGUCGAACGCAUCGCAUAUCAUACCAGCACACAUCCACGAAGAGAGAAGAGGUAGCGUCGACAGCAUCAAAACCGAGCACAAAGCACAAAGUAGAAGCGGCAGGAACUCGCUCAGUCAGGGUCCGUUCCAAAGAAAGAUCUUCGCGCUUUCCAACGAUGGCAUCAUCCUCCAAUAUCCCGAGAAGGGCGGUGGUGAAAGACUGCCGGAAAGAGCUCUUCAUCUAGGUCCGGAGUCGGUCGCUUUCGCCUGUGAUCUGGUUCCUGGAAGACCUUAUGUUCUACAAGUCGAUCAAAGACCAACUGCCAUUUCGGACCUUUACACGGGUCCGUCUCAAACAUCACUGCUUACGAAGAUUGGACUAAAAGACAACCUACCACGUGUGGGUGACCACAGUAUACUGAUAAUCCUGGACACGGCCGAAGAACUCACUUCUUGGAUGACUGCGGUCAGGAAGCAGAUUCAGCUUCUAGGUGCUGUCAUGGGUGAUGGAAUCAAGCCAGAAGGACUUGAGAAACUGAGAACCACGGCUCCUAAGCUACGUGUCAAACAACGCACAUCAAUCAACCAACAAGACCUGCCGUCCUUUACAAACUUCUCAUUUCCAACUAGCAGCCCUGAAAUGGCAAGCAUCAGCAGACCAAGACGUGACUCGAGUGCUGCGGUCACGACGACCACUCAGCCUGAAGUAGCUGAACUACACUCAUACACAAGGAGGAACUCGAACGCCGCGAUCUCUCGUAAGCCUCUGCCAGACCGCGACAACGUUGACCGACUCAGGAAGAUGGCUUCCUUUGACACCAACGACUCCCCUCUCUCCGUCACUACUCACGACUCAGCUGUCAGCUUUGGCAUGAGUGCUGGGAAGCGUAUGAUGCGUGACAAGAACGCAUCGCAAAAGUCCUCAAUAGGAUCUUUGCAUGAUGAAUUCAAUACCGAUAGUCCAGUUCUCCCAAGGUCGGCAACGACUGGUCAACUUCAGCGGCCAAAGCCCAGCCCUAUCAUCGGAAGACCUCGUCCAGACUCCUUCGUUGCAGAUCUUCCUUUACUUUGGCCGGCGCGCAAACCUUCUGAGGGAGCCAUAUCAUCGACAAAUGAGCAAACGCCCUCACCUCCAAUGAAACGUUUACCACUAAAGAUCAAUCCUCACUCCGACAGCAUGUCUCUACCCAGACAAAGACCUUCACACUCACCACAGAAGCCGGCUCCCCCGCCUACGAGAGCUUUACCAGCGCUACCAACAAUGCCUUCUAGGCCAGUUGAGAACUUCUCUCGCAAGCCUCAGCGCACACCUUCAAUUAAGCUGUCGCUUUUCCCUAGUGCUGACCUUUUGGUUGAUCCAAUAUCUGUCGCUUCGCCUGCCAAAUUACUUCCACCAUCUCCUGCCAUGACGCUUCCGCCAUCACCAGCUGAUGAUAUGAAAAUAUCUCAAGAUCGGCCUCUUCGUCGACCAGCUAGUAUUCAAAUCCGCGCCAAUCACGCUCCAUUCCUUUCUUCAGUGCGCCCGAAGACUGCUGGUAACCGUCCUCAGCUCUCAAAAGCCGGGUCCGUACCAUGUCUCCGGGAGAUCAGUAGUCUGCCCAGAGCCCCAAUGGUUGAAAAACCAUCUUCAUCACCGCUACCACCACUUGAUCUGGGCAUGCCAAUUGUUGGUCUAGCACCACCCGCACCGCCUCCAUUACUUCCACUUCCAAAACUGCCGCCUGGUGCGAGGGCAUUAGCAGUCUGA